GCUUUUGCUCUCUCGCUCUCUCUCUCCCGUAUGAUGGGCGAUGGAUUCUUUCUUCCAAGUACGAACGGUAGCGGCAACAAAGAUAGUCCAAAGAAAACAAUCACCACUAAGAAGAAGAAGAAGCGUGGUGGUACUAAGAAGAAAAUGACUAUCGAGCAAACUUCAGCAUACAAAUCUGUGAGAGAAUGGGUCUUCUUGGGCCAGUCUGUUGCUGUGCUGGAUGAUGAUUUUGGUGUUCAGUGGAGUCGCGGCAAAGAGAAGUUGGUGUUUGAAUUGCAUUCUCAUUCAACUUGCAGUGAUGGGUUCCUUUCUCCUACCAAGCUCGUCGAGAGAGCACAUCAAAAUGGGGUGAAAGUUCUUUCUCUGACAGAUCAUGAUACUAUGUCUGGCAUCCCUGAAGCUCUGGAAGCAGCUCGCAGAUUUGGCAUCAAAAUUAUCCCGGGUGUCGAAAUCAGUACAAUUUUCUCCCCAAGAGAGUCUGGAUCAGAAGAACCAGUUCACAUCCUCGCAUAUUACAGCAGCUGCGGGCCAGCAAGAUGUGAGGAAUUAGAGAAGUUCUUGGCUGAUAUAAGAGAUGGGCGUUUCCUCCGUGCAAAGAACAUGAUUUCAAAAUUGAACAAACUCAAAUUGCCUCUUAAGUGGGAGCAUGUGGCCAGGAUUGCAGGCAAGGAUGUUGCUCCUGGGAGACUGCAUGUUGCUCGUGCUUUGGUUGAAGCAGGCCAUGUGGAGAAUCUGAAACAAGCUUUUGCCCGGUAUCUUUAUGAUGGUGGACCUGCUUAUUCAACGGGUAGUGAGCCUGCUGCAGAGAAAACAGUGCAAUUGAUAUGUGAAACGGGGGGUGUGGCAGUGCUGGCACAUCCAUGGGCAUUAAAAAAUCCAGUUGCUAUCAUCAGAAAAUUGAAAGAAGCUGGGCUACAUGGGAUAGAGGUGUACAGAAGUGAUGGAAAACUGGCAGUAUAUAGUGACCUAGCCGAUGCUUACGAUCUUGUGAAGCUUGGAGGGUCAGAUUAUCAUGGGAGAGGUGGCAACAGUGAAUCUGAUAUGGGAAGUGUGAGUCUUCCAGUGUUGGCUGUGCAUGAAUUCCUCAAGGUUGCCCAGCCAAUAUGGUUCAGUGCUAUCAGGCACAUUCUUGAGAACUAUGUUAAGGAUCCCUCUGAUUCAAAGUUGGAGCUUAUCUUGAAAUUUGGGAAGACUAGGGUUUCAAAGGGUGUACCACCCUUAAAUAGUGGGAACGAUUUGGUUAAUCAAUGUUUGUCUUCAUGGUUGACAAUUGAAGAAAGACAGAAUGCAGAGUUGGAGGCCAUUAAGUUGAAGCUUUUUCAGAUUUCAAUUGGUCAAGGAGAUACUCAAAUCCCCAAGUAA